AGAAGUAGCACCUUUACGACACAAGAACAAGGAGACACUCUUCACUUUUUCAAACCCAAAUUAAUAAUAACCACUAACCAACAAACUUUUCACUCUUUAGUCUUAACACACACUCCAUUACUCUCUCUCUCACUCUCUAAAUCUUCUUCAUUUCUCAGUUUCAUUUCCAAGUAACAAUUCUCUGGAGAGAGAAUCUAUAAGCUUUUUGCUCAUAACCUCACAAGCACCUUACUCUUUUUUUUUUUACCACUGUUAGUUGCUUUGUAUUGAUUUCUGGGUCAGUGUAGUAUUUUCCUCUUUUCACGAGCUUGGUCAAAUUUUUUCUUUCUGGGUUUUGUGGUUAUUGGGUUGCCAUGGAUCUGGCUGGAUCUUCUGGCUUUGAGUCCUGCAAGAUCCAAGUGAUGGUCAAAGUUUCGUUUUUUAGGAUGUGAUUCUGCUGCUGAACGAGUUUGAAAUGGUGGGUCAGUUUUAGCUGCUAAAAGGGGGCGAAGAUAGAUAGAAUAUGAAGCGUAAGGUGAUUCAGCAGAGGUGGAAGAAGAAGCUUUUUGCUUUGAUCUUUGUGGUGUUUUGUUUUGGGAGUUUCUUGUUUAUGCAGACACGUUACAAUCAUGUUGUGGGGUUGGUUUCAUUGCAACGCCAUUUUGUUUCUGAGCCUGAGGUUCAGGGCCCCAAGAUUGCGUUUCUCUUCAUUGCACGGAACAGGCUACCUUUGGAAAUGGUUUGGGAUGCAUUCUUUAGGGGAGGCGAUAGCAAAUUCUCAAUUUUUGUUCACUGCAGACCAGGGUUUCUUCUCAAUAAAGUAACAACUAAAUCAUCUUAUUUUUUGAAUCGGCAAGUUAAUAAUAGUGUACAGAUUGAGUGGGGAGAAGCAAGCAUGAUAGAGGCUGAGCGCGUUUUACUUAGACAUGCGCUAAGUGAUCCUUUAAAUGAACGCUUUGUUUUCCUCUCAGAUAGCUGUAUACCUUUAUACAACUUCACCUAUACUUAUGACUACAUCAUGUCAGCAUCAACUAGUUUUGUGGACAGCUUUGCUGACACAAAAGAAGGCCGUUAUAAUCCAAAAAUGGAUCCUGUUAUUCCUGUCUAUAACUGGAGGAAAGGAUCUCAGUGGGCUGUUCUUACAAGAAAACAUGCCAAGGUUGUAGUGGAAGAUGAAACUGUAUUUCCAAUGUUUCAAAAAUAUUGCAAGAAAAAACCACUGCCAGAAUUUUGGAGGGAUCAGUACAUUCCUGCUGAUACAUCCAAGAUCCAUAAUUGCAUACCAGAUGAACAUUAUGUUCAGACAUUACUGGCUCAAAAGGACCUUGAAGCAGAAAUCACACGAAGAUCAUUGACACAUACUGCCUGGGAUAUUUCCAACUCCAGGGAUCAUGAGCGCCGGGGAUGGCAUCCAGUGACUUACAAGUACUCAGACGCUACGCCUAUGCUUCUAAAAUUCAUUAAGGACAUAGAUAAUAUAUACUACGAAACAGAAUACCGAAGAGAAUGGUGCAGCAGCAAGGGUAAAGCAUCAACUUGCUUCCUUUUUGCUAGAAAAUUUACUCGGACUGCUGCUUUAAGGCUUCUUGACUUUUCUGUUCUGGGAGAGUUCAAUUAAGAGAAGAAAGUGCUCAUUGCAAGAGGCUGAUACAAGCCAAAAAUACACUUAGCAAAACAAAUAAGAGGGAGAAAAAGAAUAA